ACUUGCAUUAGAUCGACUGAUAACGUUUUUCUAUAAAUGGAACCAAAUGCAGUCAGCCGCUUGGUUCUGUUUACACGAAUCACGAAUGACUUAACAUGAUUGUUGCAUCCUUGCAUCUUGUGAAAGUGAUAGGUGUGUUGCAAGUUUUUAAAAGUGAAUUACCUACUACCGUACGACAUUUUCUUCAAUCAUGGAGCAUGCAUUUUAUACAAGAGGAAAGUAUUUGGCGGAUCUUGCUAAAAAUCAGGAAAUGAGAAGUAAAUCUCCAGAAGCAAUUUUUGAGGAUGGAAGCAUUGCUGAGUUUGAUGAUCAUGACAAUACCAGAACUACAGAUGCUGGAAAUCUUGCUAAAUUUGAUGAUCCUAAUGGCAGUGAUAGAGACCCUAAUCAUAAUUCUAGUGAAUCAAAUCUUGCUGAAUUUCAUGAUCCUGAUGACAGUGAUAAAGACCCUAAUCAUAAUCCUAGUGAAUCAAAUCUUGCUGAAUUUCAUGAUCCUGAUGACAGUGAUAAAGACCCCAAUUAUAAUCCUAGUGAAUCAGAUGACAGUGUUGUUGAUUGGGUUGUUGACAAGGAAAGCUUACAAGAGGUACCGUUAUGUGAUAACUCAAACAAGGGAGCACUAGAAAAAAAUAAUCCGACCAGUAGGCCAAAGAAAGGAAGAAAGAGGAAAUAUGAAACACAAACUUUUAGAUCUAGGAAAAAAUUGAAAGAUUCAAAUGAGAAGCAUUUUUCAGUCAAAGGAAAUCUUGUAAUUCCAAAAAAGUUUAGUGAUUUUGUUUGCCAUUGUUCAAAUAAAUGUAAUCUGAAGGUUUCUCGUGAUUCAAGGGAAAAAAUAUUCAUCAAGUUCUGGGAACUUGGAUCAUAUGACUCACAGACAACAUUCAUUGCAGCUCUAGUAAGUGAAGUAGAAGCAAAAAGAAAGCGUUCCAAUUCAGAGAAACGAAAAUACACCAGAAUCUAUAAAUUGGGAACUGAGACUGUUUGCCGUGAAAUGUUUGUAAAUACUUUAUCAAUCUCUACAAAGCGUGUGAAUACUGCACUCUGUAAAAUGCGUUCAGACACUGUCAAAGAUUGCAGGGGUAUCCAUAAGAAAGGAACAAAUCGUAUCCCAAUAGAAAUAGUUGAAGCAGUGAAGAAUCACAUAAAUAAAUUUCCGAGAUACAAAUCACACUAUUGUAGAAAAGAUAAUGACCACUGCGAGUACCUGCCAACUGAACUGACAGAGAGAAAAAUGUAUGAUUUAUAUAAAGAGGAGAACGAGGGGCAGCGUACAGUGAGCUUUUCGUGGUACAGGCAUAUUUUCUACAGCCAUUUCAAUAUCAAGAGGAAAAAGCUGAAGAAAGAUACAUGCAAUAAAUGUGAUGAGCUGCAAACAAAAAUGAAGUUUUCUAGCUCUAGUGAGCAUGAUAAGGAAACACUUGAUGACCAUCACAGAGAAGCUGAAUUAGCUAGGAAGGAGAUGAAUAGUGAUUUUUCUAAAGCAAAGGAACAAGAAAAUGUCGAAUCUUUAUCAUAUGAUUUGGAGAAAACUUUUCCUCUGCCAAGAAUUCCAACAAAUAUAGUGUAUUACAAACGCCAGAUAAACUUUUAUAAUUCAGGCAUCUAUUCUGGUAAAGAUAAUAAAGGCUUUUUCUAUGUAUGGAUGGAGAACAUUGCUAGUAGGGGUGCACAGGAAGUAGGGUCAUGCCUAAGAAAAAAUAUUUUGAACCAUGUUGGACCCAAUGUUAGUGAAUUGAAUUUAUGGUCUGAUUCAUGUGGUGGUCAGAACCGCAAUAUUAAAAUUGUUUUGCUUCUUCAAACACUUUUCCAAGAAAUGCCUUUUUUGGAAAAGAUAAGAUUCAAAUAUCUUAUUCCUGGACAUAGCUUUAUGCCUAACGAUUCUCAUUUCGGUGAUGUAGAAUCAGCUUUGCGUUUCCAGCAACGGAUUUAUUGUCCACAAGAUUACAUAAACAUCAUGAAAUCUUGUCGUAAGAAAAAUAAAUUUAUUGUUACAGAAAUAAAUGGUGAAGAUUUCAAAAGUACCGAAGUAAUUGAAAAGUCUAUAACCAACAGAAAGAAAGAUCUGCAUGGUAAUAAAAUAAAUUGGCUAAAAAUGAAGGAGAUUUUGCUGGACAGAAGCAAGCCGAUGACACUGCUUGUGAAAACAAGUCAUGAUCAAAGGGAAAGUAUUGAAAUAGAUAUUAAGAAAAUGAAAGAGAAAGGGAGACCUUCAACAAAUGAUGUUUUUCUCCAUUCAAGACUGGCUCCCCUGUGGCCAAAUGGGAAGAAAAUUUCCGUUGAGAAGAAGAAAGACAUACAGACUAUGAUUCAUCUGAUUCCAAAGGAUUUUCAUAAUUUUUACAAAGGUUUCAUUUCAGAAGAGGGCUUACAAGAUGAUAUAGAUGGAUAUAAUGCUGCAAUUGACUUCACUUUUGAUUAAUUUUCAUCAUAAUUUGUAUUUUGACUACAAUUUUUUUGCAAUAAAAUGUUUAUUUCUAUCAUAGCUACUGUGUGGUUCUUUUUAAAAAAAAUCCUUUUGCAUUUAUUGAAACAGAACCAAACGCCAUUUAGGAUGAUAAUUGAAUGCAUUUUUGAAAUUUUGUAUUAAUUCUAUGUUGACAGGACAAGAAAAAUCAAGUUUUAAUCAAUCCAUGAGUUUUGUCAUGCAGUUUGAAAAGGGAUUUUUUAGUGAAGCAAAAACUUUGGAGCUCAUUUUCUCCAUUAUGACCAUUUGGUGGUUGGUUCCUUUUAUAUAAAAGCCGUCCAGCUUAGCACUUGAACUAUGAGCUAUGAGGCUAUUUGAGCAGAGAACAGAAAUUUGGGGCUCUUAUCAUU